AUCAAAACCCUCAAUUCUCAUACUCUUCUUCCCGGCCGUGUAUUGAGAUCUCCUCUAACAUGGAGGUCUUGGUUAAAGAAGAAGAAAUCAUCCAACAGAUGACGCCUGUACUCGGAUCUGAACAAACCGAAUCAGGUGUUUGCGGUGAUAUUCUUCAAUCUAGCAACAACUCGGAGGCAAAACACUUCAUCGAGGAUCGUGGCAUUCCGAGCAUCACAAAAACGGUCACCGGUACCGGGGUUCGGAUAUCAGCUUUCGUAAACAAUGAAAUCGAAGAACCGGAGUCGCUCCAUGGGCUCAAGCUGGAGAUCGCAGUAAAGGAAGAGCCGGAUUUGGGGUUCGAGAGUAUUGUCUCAGUGAAGGAACAUGUAGGUUUGCAGUCGGCCGAACAGUUCGUGCCUGAUACAGAGGACUCAAUGGCUGUUGACGAUAUGGCUGUCGAUGAGGUUCCCCCUUUAUCGAUUGUAACGGUAAAGGAAGAACCCGGUUUGGAUUCUGAAAGUAAGGUGUCCGAGACGAGAGAAGUUGUUAUGGAGCCUGUGAAACAAUUGGUGACCAAAACGGAGGAAUCUUCUGGGCCCGAAGAGGUUCUUUCAUUAUCGAUUGUGACGGUAAAGGAAGAACCCGGUUUGGGUUUUGAAAGUAAGGUAUCCGAGGCGAGAGAAGUUGUUAUGGAGACUGAGAAACAAUUGGUGACCAAAACGGAGGAAUCUUCUAGGCCGGAAGAGGUUCUUCCAUUAUCGAUUGUGACAGUAAAGGAAGAACAUUAUUUGGGGUCCGAGAUGGUCUCUGUUAAGGAAGAAAUAGAUAUUGAGUCUCUGAAACAAAUAUUACCAUUAUCGGUUGUUAAAGCUAUGCCGGAGGAGGAAUGUCUCAAAACGGAAAACAAGCAACAGGAGAAGCCAAAAGAAUCAGAGCCUGAAAUGAUGAAGAAGCAGCCUGAUGGUAGCAAUAAGCCACUGUUGCCUCAAAAGAGUAUCAAGGAUAUGACAUUUGAAGAGUAUUGUCUGUUCAUAGAAAACAGAGAUAAGGGGCAAAAGGUGAAUGCCAAAGGGAAAGGAGUACCUCAGUUGGGGCUUCAGAGGAAGUCAAGCACAUGGAACAUACGCGAUUGCUGGUUGAGGGAUCAAUCCCUGGAGGAUGGGGAUUUCCAACUGGAGGAUGACUGGCAUCUUGUGGGGCGUACUAUAGUUACCGGCAUCUCCACCACAAAGGGCUGGAAACUGGUAGACAAUGAGAUUGUACACUUUGCUUUCCCUUCUGCUCAUUCACAUUAUAAUGCGCAGUGGAUUGUUCGUUUCUCUACCAAAAGAUUCGGAGAGAUUGGGAGACUGCCAAUGGAAUGGGGUAAAUGUCUUGUUCCGCUUGUUUCUUCUUCAAAGGUGAAGGUUCUUGGUAGAUGUAUAUUUGCUCCUUCAACCCUUCAUAUGAUGCAGGAAAUCAUGCUAUAUGUGAGCUUCUUUAUACACCAAUCAAUAUUCACUGAAGGUGAUACGUCUACCUGGAGAUUGGAUUCCCCCUCAAAAAUUGACUCCACGAUCCAUCCUCUCCUCACCCUAUUCAAAUUUUUAAAAUUAAAGCCAUGUCAGAAGGCUGAAUUCACUCCAGAAGAGCUUGAUUCUCGGAAACGCUCACUGAAUCUUGAGGAUGAUACAGAUGCUGCAGCAAUGUUGCCUAUAGUUAAACGAAGGAUGGGUUGCCAGCAGUAUCCAGAACAAUCCAAAGACGAACAAGCUAUUUCAGAAUCAUCUCUGAAUAAGAUUGUUGGCACUGCAGAAGUGUACAACUUGGAGGAGAUGGAACCCCCAAGUACACUCAUGUGUGAACUAAGGCCUUACCAGAAACAAGCCCUCUAUUGGAUGUCAGAAUCAGAGCAGGGGAUUGAUGUUGAAAGAGCAGCAAAAACUCUUCAUCCAUGCUGGGCAGCAUAUCGUAUAUGUGAUCAAAGGGCUUCUUCAAUAUAUGUGAAUAUAUUUUCAGGGGAAGCAACUACUCAAUUUCCCACUGCCACACAAAUGGCAAGAGGAGGGAUUUUAGCGGAUGCUAUGGGUCUUGGGAAGACUGUUAUGACAAUAGCUCUAAUACUUGCAAGGCCAGGCAGACGAAGCUCUCAUAACCAAGAACUUGUCUUGAGAGCAGCAGAUGAUGCAGGAAACUCGAAAGGAAAAAAGGGUGCUAGUGUGAACACUCCAUCUAAAGCAAAUGGUGGUACUCUUAUUGUUUGUCCCAUGGCUUUGUUAGGCCAAUGGAAGGAUGAGCUUGAAACCCAUUCAGAGAGGGAAACUCUUUCCGUUUUUGUUCAUUAUGGUGGAGAUAGAACCAAUAACCCCAUGGUGAUAUCAGGAUAUGAUGUGGUUUUGACAACAUAUGGUGUCUUAACUGCCUCUUAUAAAAAUGAUGGAGAGUGCAGCAUUUAUCAUAUGGUUGAUUGGUAUAGGGUGGUGUUAGAUGAAGCUCAUACCAUUAAAUCCUGGAAGACUCAAGGUGCCCGGGCUGCCUUUACCUUGUCCUCUCACUGCCGGUGGUGUCUGACAGGCACCCCGCUUCAGAAUAAUUUGGAAGACCUGUACAGCCUUCUAUGCUUCUUGCAUGUGGAACCGUGGUGCAACUGGGCAUGGUGGAAUAAAUUGAUUCAAAGGCCUUACGAAAAUAAUGAUCCAAGAGGACUGAGGUUGGUUAAGGCUAUUUUAAGGCCACUGAUGUUAAGAAGAACUAAGGAUACAGUGGAUAAAGAAGGAAGGCCCAUACUUGUCCUCCCUUCCAUCGAUGUCAAGAUCAUUGAGUGUGAACAAUCCGAAGCUGAACAUGACUUUUAUGAUGCCUUGUUCAGAAGAUCCAAAGUCCAGUUUGAUCAAUUUGUUGCACAAGGGAAGGUUCUUCACAACUAUGCCAAUAUCCUUGAGCUACUACUGCGUUUGAGGCAGUGUUGCAACCACCCAUUUCUUGUUAUGAGUCGAGCGGAUUCACAACAGUAUGCAGACUUGAACAAACUCGCAAGAAGGUUUGUGGAAGUGAAUUUUGAGUCAUCUACUCCAAGGCAGGGAGCCCCAACCCAAGCAUACAUUGAGGAGGUUGUUGAGGAUAUCCGGAGGGGUGAAAACAAGGAGUGCCCAAUAUGCCUAGAGUAUGCAGAUGAUCCUGUACUCACACCAUGUGCUCAUAGAAUGUGCAGAGAAUGUCUUCUCACCAGUUGGAGGAUCCCAAUAACCGGGCUGUGCCCUAUUUGCCGUACAUUGUUAAAGAAAACCGAACUCAUUACAUGCCCAACAGAAAGCAAGUUUCGAGUAGAUGUUGAGAAAAACUGGAAGGAGUCUUCAAAGGUUACAAAGCUCUUGGAAUGCUUGGAAAAAAUUAAACGGUCAGGUUCUGGUGAAAAGAGUAUUAUUUUUAGUCAGUGGACAUCAUUUUUCGAUCUCCUGGAAAUUCCAUUGCAGAGGAGAGGGAUCGGAUUCUUAAGAUUUGAUGGGAAACUGGUGCAGAAGCAGAGGGAAAGGGUUUUGAAGGAGUUCAGUGAAACCAAUGAAAAAAUGGUGUUGUUGAUGUCUUUGAGAGCUGGUGGUGUGGGCUUGAACUUAACUGCAGCUUCAAAUGUUUUUUUGAUGGAUCCCUGGUGGAAUCCUGCUGUAGAGGAGCAAGCAAUCAUGCGAAUCCAUCGCAUUGGACAAAAGCGAAGAGUACAUGUUAGAAGAUUCAUUGUCAAGGACACAGUGGAGGAGAGAAUGCAGCAGGUCCAGGCAAGGAAGCAACGCAUGAUUGCAGGCGCCCUGACUGAUGAGGAGGUUCGAUCAGCCAGGAUUGAAGAGCUCAAAAUGUUAUUUAGAUAAGUUGUCUUAUUUCAACUUUCUGGUUUAGAAAUUGGAUGUAUAGCCUUUAUCAUGUCAGUUUUGAAGGAAUUAGACAUGGCAGGGGUGGGGUGGUUGUGAGUCCAAAUCCAUUGGUGCAUAGCUUGCAAUAAUCUCCAUGGUUUUUUGUAAGUAGUGCGUCGUUUUGGUUGGUUUUGUGAUAUGUCCAGCUCAGCCUUUGACUAUUCUUCGUU